CGGGGGAUGAAGACAAAGAGAUAUCGGCAAUCUUUGUUUUCAAGUAGCGUCUCCCAUAAUUCAUCGCUCCGAUUCUUCCUCGUCUUCCAUCGCACAGAGAAGAUUUCCUCCUCUGGGCGGCCAUUCCACCAAGUCGCGCCUCGCGAGCCUCGCGCGAUCGAUCAAUCUGUGUGUCUUGCCAUUGCAUUGCGAUCGAUCGACUGAUUCAUCAUUUCGGUCACGCCAUCGCACCGAGAGCGCUCGACAGCGGCGAGGGAUUUCGCUACCACUCGCUUCGAUCAUCGCUGUCGCCAGAAGACUUAAUCAUUCUCCCAUGCGCAGCAUCGCUUCUUAGAUUUCUCCUCUUGGUCGUUCUUGCGAUUGCUAGGUGGGUGGAGCUCCGGCCAGUUUUUCUUCUCUUUCUUGGAUGGGGGCGAAAUAGCUUCUGUCAAUGGAUAGCAGUGAGGAUUUGCUCGACGGCCUGAGCUCCAGCACUAGCUACGACGCCAGAAUUUGCCGCGACGAUCCGGAGGAGCUCCUGGAAGAUUUCGCCAGCACUAGCAGCAGCGAUGCGUCGCCGCUGGGAUGGCCGCUUUGCAGGCGGGAGCGCUCCUAUUCCGAGGUCUCGUGUUCUUCUACCACGAAAUCUGUGAGCACUAGCAGCCUGAAUAGCAAGAGCGUGAGCAGCUUCGCGUGGGAGGAGAAGAGGGUCAAGCGUGAAACCAAUGCCUCUGAAGUAGAGAUGAUGAAGGAGAAGUUUGCGAAGCUUCUUCUUGGAGAAGACAUGUCCGGAGGCGCCAAAGGCGUUUGCACAGCGCUCGCGAUUUCCAACGCCAUCACAAAUCUUGCUGCGUCCGUGUUUGGAGAGCUUUGGAGGUUGGAGCCUCUGUCUCACGAAAGAAAAACAAUGUGGCGACGGGAAAUGGAGUGGCUUCUCUCCGUAAGCGACUACAUUGUGGAGCUGGUUCCUUCCUGGCAGAGCUUCAGAGAUGGAAGCAAUCUGGAGGUUAUGGUGACCAGGCCUCGCUCAGACAUCCACAUCAAUCUGCCCGCAUUGCGAAAACUGGACACAAUGCUACUGGAGUCCCUCGAUAGCUACAAAGAGACAGACUUCUGGUAUGUGGAACAAGGAAUCAUUCUCUCCGAGAAAGACGACACCAACAAGAACAACAACAAGCAGCACUCGCUGCAAAGGCAGGAAGAGAAAUGGUGGCUUCCAACGCCUCGGGUGCCUCCCAAUGGACUCUCGGACGAAGCCAGGAAGAGCCUCCAGAACCAACGAGACUGCACGAGUCAGAUCCUCAAGGCAGCCGUGGCGAUCAACGGGCAAGUCCUUUCGGAGAUGGAGGUCCCGGACUUGUUCUGGGAAUCGCUCCCAAAGAAUGGCAAGUCCUGCCUUGGAGAGGUGAUGUACCGAGGACUGACAGCCGAAAAGUUCUCUCCGGACGCACUCCUCCAACACUUGAAUCUCUCGACCGAGCACAACGCACUCGAGGCGGCCAACCGAGUGGAGGCCGCCAUCCACAUCUGGCAGCGGAAGAUCCAUCAACAGAAGCACCAGCAAAUACAGCAGCAGCAGCAGCACCAGCAGAAAGACAUGAUCAAGCAAAAUGCAAAGUCUUCGUGGGGAAAGGUGAAGGACUUCGUCGCCGAGAUUGACAGGCAAACGCUCGUCGAGAGAGCGGAGAGCUUGCUUCUCAGCUUCAAGCAGCGGUUUCCAGGACUUCCCCAGAGCGUGCUUGACGUGAACAAGAUCCAAUACAACCGGGACGUUGGUCACUCCAUUCUGGAGAGCUACUCGCGGGUGUUGGAGAGCUUGGCAUUCAACAUCCUCGCUCGGAUCGACGACGUCUUGUUCAUCGACGACGCUGCCAGACAAGGCCGAAUCAACUCCCCGGCAGUAACAGCAGCAGCUCACUCGAAUCUAAACAGCAGCAUCAUCCGGCGAGGAAGAGCCUCGGGACACUUCCAGAUACGAACUCCAUACGCAACUCCAUUCGCCUCGCCGAAUUGCUCGCCACCUCCAGCGCCGGUGGGCUCGCCAAAGAAGACGAACUCUCCCACGCCCCUCGGCAAGGCCGCCGCGGGGCGGUACGGCGGCGUACGGGCGGUCGACGAUCUCGUCGCCCAGAAGCGGUCGUACGCGCGGAACAUGAAGCUCGUAAGCCCGCCUGGAAGGGACUGAGAAAGAGAAAAGCUCCCAGAGAAGUUACCAUGGUUGAAGUUUACCCCCGUGUAAGUAAAAACACGAUCACCUGGAAAGUUCUUCCCUGAAUGCGAGCACUUCCCAUUUAAUUUUUCGAUCGCUUUGAUCGAAUCGAUAUUGAAGUUGGUGAUCGGUCGAGACUUCCAUGCGCAAAAAA